AUGCUGUCCAAGGUUGUCUCUCUGCUGGCCGCUGCCGGUCUCGCCUCGGCUGCUGCCGUUGACAAGUCCAACUGCAAGCCGCCCAAGCCCUCGUCGACGUCGAUUGCUUGGGAGUCUCAGUACACGGCCACCGGCACCGCUGAGGUUGCCGCUGCCGCUGCCACGGCCAAGACCAGCAGCCCAACCAGCCACGUCAAGGGCAAGGCCUUUGACCGCUUCGUCGUCAUUUACUUUGAGAACCAGAACUACGACAAGGCCGAUGGCGACCCCAACUUCACCUUUUUUGCCAAGAAGGGCGUCAAGUUGACCAACUACUUCGGCGUCACUCACCCUUCUGAGCCCAACUACAUGGCCUCGAUUGUGGGCGACUACCUCGGCAUGCAGAACGACGACUUCAACGCUGCCGACUUCAACGUGUCGACCGUCAUCGACCUGCUCGAGGACCGCGGCAUCUCCUGGGGCCACUACCAGGAGGACAUGCCCUACUCUGGCUUCGAGGGUUACACGUACAACAACGUCAAGACGGGCGCCAAUGACUACGUGCGCAAGCACAACCCCGCCAUCCUGGCCAACAGCGUCGCCCACUACGAGCAGCGCCUGUCCCAGGACAAGAACCUGUCCUUGAUCGACACCAGCCGCUCCAUGUUCCACAAGGACCUCGAGGCCAACAAGCUGCCGCAGUGGAUGUUCAUCACGCCCAACAUGACCUCGGACGGCCACGACACCAACGUCGCUGUGGCUGGCCAGUGGUGCCGCACCUUCCUCGAGCCCCUGCUGGACAACAAGAACUUCAUGCAGAACACCCUGGUGCUCCUCACCUGGGAUGAGAACGAGACCUAUGCCGAGCGCAACCAGAUCAUGGGCAUCCUGCUGGGUGACGCCGUCCCCAAGCACCUGGUUGGCACUACGGACAACAACUUCUACAACCACUACAGUGAGAUCGCCACCGUCGAGGCCAACUGGGGCCUGCACACCCUGGGCCGCUGGGACGUCGGCGCCAACGUCUACGAGCUGGUUGCCCAGAAGACUGGCGACCGCCUGCGCAAGUGGUCGUCCACUAAGGCGCUCAACAGCCACUUCUGGAACGCCUCGUACGCCGGCGUCUUCAACACCGACGGUGGCAACCAGCAGUACCCCGCGCCCAACCUGAAGCUUGACAAAAGUUUCUCUGGCCGCACCAUCCUGCCUGCCAUCAAGAAGACUUGGGAGCACAGCAAGGCUGCCAGCUACUACGCCGACACCAUCGAGGUGUCUGACGGCCUCAACCCCCCCAAGGGAUACACUCCCGUCCUCACCGACUAG